UGCCGGGCGCUGAGCGCCGCCCGCCGCCCGCUGCCGCGUCUUCCCGCGCCGCCGCCCCGCGCUCCGCCUGCCGCGCGCUCCGCCCGCCGCGCCGACAGCUGCCCGGCGGCCGCCCAGUGCGAGGAUGCGGCGGCGCUCGCGGAUGCUGCUGUGCUUCGCGCUGCUCUGGGUGCUGGGCAUCGCCUACUACAUGUACUCGGGGGGCGGCUCCGCGCUGGCCGCGGGUGCGGGCGGCGCCGGCAGGAAGGAUGACUGGAAUGACAUCGACUCCAUUAAAAAGAAAGACCUUCACCACAGCAAUGGAGACGACAAAGCACAGAGUGUGGAGACCCUCCCUCCAGGGAAAGUCCGGUGGCCAGACUUUAACCAGGAGGCGUAUGUUGGUGGGACAAUGGUUCGCUCUGGGCAGGACCCCUAUGCACGCAACAAGUUCAACCAAGUUGAGAGUGACAAGCUGCGUAUGGACAGAGGCAUCCCUGACACCCGGCAUGACCAGUGUCAGCGGAAGCAGUGGCGGGUGGACCUGCCAGCUACCAGUGUGGUGAUCACAUUUCACAAUGAAGCCAGGUCAGCCUUGCUGCGGACGGUGGUCAGUGUCCUUAAGAGGAGCCCACCGCAUCUCAUCAAGGAGAUAAUCCUGGUGGAUGACUACAGCAAUGACCCUGAGGACGGGGCCUUAUUGGGGAAAAUCGAGAAAGUGAGGGUCCUCAGAAAUGACCGACGAGAAGGUCUGAUGCGCUCUCGAGUCCGGGGUGCCGACGCCGCGCAGGCCAAGGUCCUGACCUUCCUGGACAGUCACUGCGAGUGUAACGAGCGAUGGCUGGAACCACUGCUGGAGCGGGUUGCCGAGGACAGGACCCGAGUUGUGUCCCCCAUUAUUGAUGUCAUUAACAUGGACAACUUCCAGUAUGUGGGUGCCUCUGCUGACCUCAAGGGUGGUUUUGACUGGAACUUGGUGUUCAAAUGGGAUUACAUGACGCCGGAGCAGAGGAGGUCCCGGCAGGGGAACCCAGUUGCACCUAUAAAAACCCCUAUGAUCGCUGGAGGCCUGUUUGUGAUGGAUAAGCUCUAUUUUGAAGAGCUGGGAAAGUACGACAUGAUGAUGGAUGUGUGGGGAGGAGAGAACUUGGAAAUCUCAUUCCGAGUGUGGCAAUGCGGUGGCAGCCUCGAGAUCAUUCCGUGUAGCCGUGUGGGACAUGUGUUCCGGAAGCAGCACCCCUACACAUUCCCAGGUGGCAGUGGCACUGUCUUUGCCCGGAACACCCGCCGGGCAGCUGAGGUCUGGAUGGACGAAUACAAGAACUUCUACUACGCAGCAGUGCCUUCUGCCCGAAAUGUGCCCUACGGAAAUAUUCAAAGCAGGCUGGAGCUCAGGAAAAAGCUGGGCUGCAAGCCCUUCAAGUGGUACCUGGACAACGUCUACCCAGAGCUAAGGGUUCCAGACCACCAAGACAUAGCUUUUGGGGCCUUGCAGCAGGGAACCAACUGCCUGGACACAUUGGGGCACUUUGCCGAUGGAGUCGUUGGAAUUUAUGAGUGUCACAAUGCUGGAGGAAACCAGGAAUGGGCCUUGACAAAGGAAAAGUCGGUGAAGCACAUGGACCUGUGCCUUACUGUGGUGGACCGGUCUCCUGGCUCGCUCAUCAGGCUGCAGGGAUGCCGGGAGAAUGACAGCAGACAGAAAUGGGAGCAGAUCGAGGGCAACUCCAAGCUGCGACACGUGGGCAGCAACCUGUGCCUGGAUAGCCGCACAGCCAAGAGCGGAGGCCUGAGUGUGGAGGUGUGUGGCCCGGCCCUGUCGCAGCAGUGGAAAUUCUCACUCAACCUUCAGCAAUAAGAGGCCUCAAGGGCCCGCCGUCCGCCUGCACACCGGCUCAGUUGGAAGAUCACAUUUUACGUUUCUGAAACUUUCCGCAAAACUAUAUACCUCAGUGUUCCAUCAUGGUCUGAAAGUCUUAAGUCUCAAGUCUCAGCGAGGCGUGAGCUGGGCUGACUGUGUGCAGAAGAGGAAGUUGAGCCCCCGGGGCUCGGGCCAGAGGGUCCCCCUCCCAAGACUGGCGUCCUCUGCCUCCCACUUUCUACUUUCUGCUCACGCCCCAGCAGAGGAACAGGCCAGUGCUGGCCAACCAAGUGGACAAGCAGCAAGCAUGUUUGUGUUGAGGACGGAGGGAGCAGGGGCAGGUGCCCUCAUAGCAAGCACUCAAAAGUCUCCAUUGUGUUUUUCUACCCAUCCAAAAUCAUGUGUGUGAACCAGGCAUGGUGGUUGAUGCCUGUACUCGCAACACUCAGGAGACUGAGGCAGGCAGACCCUGUCUAAAGAGAAAAGAAGUGAUUCCCACAAAGGUGACCCUCCCCCUUGCAGGUUUCCUUGUCUUCCCCUGUCCUUGUACCUCUGGGCUCAGCUGGCCUCUUGGCCACUUCCCCUCUUCCACUGACAUACUUGCUGUGUUUGCAUAUGAACUUCUGAGUGGGACUAAAUAGAGAUCAUAGAAAGAGAAUGAUAGCUCCCUAGGCUUCCCCUACAUCAUCAUCUUGUGAACCCCACAGCGCAGCUCAGCCGUGCAGAGGGGCCUGCGCUCUCAGAGCCAAAGGCGACAUCACUGUCUCUGAAGCCUCACCAGCCAGUCCAUGCUGCUCUGCCAGCUGUAGGCAUCCCAGAACCACUGGCCCCAGCCACGAGCAUCAAUGUUUAAUGUGAGCGAGGGUCUUGCGGCUGGGUCAGAAAGUCCACUUUGUGCCCAUUGUCAUCUGUCAACCUAAAUAGGUUACCUCUUUUGGCAAGUUAUUACUUUGAGUUUUCUUUUAAAAUUAGAUUUUUUUUCUUUGAGAAAACUCAAUCCAACAGCUUCUAAAUAAUGUGAGCCAGCGGGACCCCACUGCCCUGUGACAGACCAGAGAUACUGGACCGCUGUCACAUGCUAUCCCUAGGCUCAUCGUGGUUUGAGACCCUGUAUGUUGGGUCCUUGGCACUUACUGAGCCCAGCAGAGCACAGAAGACCAUCCCUUCAGCAUGUGGGUGAACUCCGCGUGUCUGCAGCCCUGGUACAGUGUUAGCCCCAGGUAUAUCCUCAGGCUGGUGCAGGAACUGUGGGUAGACUUAGAACCUGGGCAUUCACAGAGGAUCCAGGCACAUGUCAGCCACAGGGGUGGCCUGUGUGUCUGCCUUGUAGGGCUGCAAGCGUCACGCACAAACAUCUCAGGUGUCCCCGAGAUCACAGGAACCAUAGUUUCAGGUGGUCAGAGGGCCGGCCAGUGAGUGCUCUGCUUCCCACCUGCACCGAAAGGGGGCGUGGCUAGUUUUCUUCUACCUGAGGAGCUCCAUCUGUGUACACACCAUGACCAUGGACCCUCUGUGAAGGCCUGGCCAGGUGCUGACCCUCUGUCUCCUUAACCCCUGCCAAGAAGCCAACAAACAAUUAUAUCAGACAGGGUGCCCUUGUGUCUGGUUAAGUCCGCACAUGUCCACCUUCCAAGGUAGGCUCUGAGGAAUGUCACUCACAGGUACGAGUGCAAGGCUGUCAGGGACAAGGCAGGAACUGAGGCCCAGCGUAGUCCACACUGCUGAGCCCUGACACCUCUGUACUACCCUUAGCAGAGUGAGAGCCACGGAUGUGAAGCAGUGCGGGCUGAUUUUAAGUAGGUGUGUGGGUGGAGCUUCCCAUCCACACACUGGCACCCCACCCUGUGUGUCAUCACCUUUGUACCAUCUGUCUGGCCACCAGGGUGCCACUCAACCCGGCUCUGAACAGAGGGGGGACUGGGCAAGGCCCUGCGGUGAGCCAUGUUUACAUGACAGUGUGCCAAAGUGACUCCCCGUGCUCGCCUUCUUUUGUAGCCAUGGGGCUAUCCCACCCUCCCACUCCUGUUUCUAAAACUGAAAACUCCCAGGAGCCCUGGGCACACGCAGGCAAGGGUGGUCGUUUUCCGUGGUGGUCCUCGAGUCUCCAUGAAGCUGGUUAUGAUGGUAUCUGUGAGUAUGUCUUGCAAAUUCAAAAUAUAGUUUGGUAAUUUUUUUUCCAGUUAAUUUUUAAAAAGAACUGCUGUACAGAGCUUGUACUUUGUCCAUUUUAUAGAUGGAAACCAUCCUUGAAAUUGUUUAACUUAAAUAAAGAGAAGAUACUUUAUAGAUA